AUGUUCCCUGAGACUGAGGGAUUCCUUGUAGCUAUACAGGACCAGGUCAUUCCUACCAACAAUUACAAGAGGUUCAUACUUAAGAACUUGCAACAGUCUGAUAAAUGCAGGUACGGCUGUCAGGACUCCGAAACAAUACAGCACGUAAUUGGUGGAUGCCAAGCAUUUGCUCCAACGGACUAUAAGGAGCGCCACGACAUAGCUGCCAAAAUCAUUCACCAGGAGUUGGCAUACAAAUUCAAACUGAUCGAAUGCAAGCUACAGUACUACAAAUAUACACCGCAAUGUGUCCUCGAGAACGACAAACGAGAAGAAGAAGAAGAAGAAGAAGAAGAAGAAGACAGCAGAAGAAGAAGAAGAAGAAGAAAAGAAGAAGAAGAAGAAGAGAAGAAGCGAAGAGAGAAAAGAAGAAGAAGAAGAAGACGCAGAAGAAGAAAGAAGAAGAAGAAGAAGAAGAAUAAGGAGAAGAAGAAGAAGAAGAAGAAGAAGAAGAGAAGAAGAAUAAGAACGAAGAAGAAGAAGAAGAAGAAGAAGAAGAAGAAGAAUAAGAGAAGAAGAAAGAAGAAGAAGAAGAAGAAUAAGAAGAAGAAGAGAAGAAGAAGGAAGAAGAGAAGAAGAAGAAGAAUAAGAAGAAGAAGAAGAAAGAAGAAGAAAAGAAGAAGAGAAGAAGAAGAAGACGAGAAGAAGACGAAGAAUAAGAAGAAUAAGAAGAAGAAGAAGAAGAAGAAGAAUAAGCAGAAGAAGAAGAAGAAAGAAGAUAAUAAGAACCUCGGAAAAAGGUCGCUGCCUGAGGGUGAUCGUCAGGGCAUAUCUGGAGCCGGCGCUGGAUAUGACAGCAUGCGGGACGUCGGUGGCAGGGUGCUGAGGAGGCGGGCCCCUGUCGUCCAAGAAGCAACAGCCCCCCAACAAAGUGGUAGCCAAACAACAACUAGUGCCACCGCUGCCGAAAGUGCUGCACAGGAAUCUCAGCCAGUGCUCACUCAAGCAGGUCUCCCUAGAAGACGUAUAAAGUGGACGGUGUCCAUGAAUGAGUCAAUCAUGCGAAUCUUCUACAAAGUUACCAACCUAGGUAGAGAAACAAUCGGCUACAGACCACGACUUCAUACCGCUUUCUGUAGUGAAUAUCCGGAGAUCAAAGUAUCUCAGCAGAGAGUGGCAGACCAAUAUCGAGUGAUAAUCAAAAAUAAUCUUAUCCCACAACCACGGCUGAAUGCCAUCAAACAGGAAGUGCAGCUUGAUCUUAUGCAACAAGAAGGGAGUAAUAACGAAAUACGCGAUAAUGGUCAAUCUGAGCAAGAACAGAUAGAAAGUGAACAGCCUGGAGUUGACGACAGUAAUGAUCAAGACACAGAAAUAUUUGGUAUAUUAAUAACUGAAAUGGGUAGAGCAUAUGCCGAAUUUGAUGGAACGAACCCGCUAGAAAGACCACCAUUACCAAAGUUGAAGUCAUCUAGAAAGCUUGCUGUGGUAUUGUGUCAGUUAAAUAAACAGAUCCUGCCAGAGUAUCUAGCACACUCCAACUGUAUAGAACAACUUCACACACUGAUAUACUGUGCAGCUGUUGCAACAGUAAGAACACUUGGUGUCAAAAUGCCAACUCAAAAGAUUACUGAAAAUUCAGUAAAACCAAUAACACCAAAAUGGGAAAAACGUCUGGAAAGAAGAACGGCAGAAAUUCGCAGAGAUAUCGGACGUCUUACCCAAUUCACACGAGGAAUAACAACUCGAAAAGUCCGAAAGCAAGCUAUGGAAAUAAUGCAACGACUCCACCAUCAUUCUCACCAAGACGCAACUAACAUCAACGAGUGGCAAUGCCUUGAUACCUUGAAGCAAAAACUGUCCGUAUAUACUCAGCGAUUGAAAAGGUAUAAAGCGUCCAGUCACAGAAAGCACGACAAUGCGCUCUUUCAACGAUCCGAAAAGGCAUUCUACAGGAAACUGUCAUCCGAACCCCAGGAAAAGAGCAAAACGGUGCCCACAAAGGACCAAGUAGAGGAAUUUUGGGGCAAGCAGUUUGGCUCGACAGCUUAUUACAACAAGUGUGCAGGAUGGAUUACAGAUGAAGAAGCGAAGAGCCAUUAUUGCAAUCCCAUGCAGUAUAGGGCAUAUACCAAACAAGAAAUCGUGGAUAUCGACCAGGUCAUUCCUACCAACAAUUACAAGAGGUUCAUACUUAAGAACUUGCAACAGUCUGAUAAAUGCAGGUACGGCUGUCAGGACUCCGAAACAAUACAGCACGUAACUGGUGGAUGCCAAGCAUUCGCUCCAACGGACUAUAAGGAGCGCCACGACAUAGCUGCCAAAAUCAUUCACCAGGAGUUGGCAUACAAAUUCAAACUGAUCGAAUGCAAGCUACAGUACUACAAAUAUACACCGCAAUGUGUCCUCGAGAACGACAAGUAUAAACUAUACUGGGAUCGCACUGUGCUUACGGACCAAUACGUAAAACAAAACAGACCUGACAUAAUCAUUGUCGACAAGGACGCCCAGAAAGUAACACUGAUUGAUGUGGCCAUACCUAAUAGUAACAAUUUAACAUACAAACAUAAUGAGAAAGUUGCAAAAUACAGGGAGCUAGAAUUUCAAAUUAAACGCCAGUGGAAAAUGAAGUACGUGGAAACAAUACCAAUAAUAAUGUCAUCUACAGGGGUGAUACCAAGAAGGCUGCUAGAAAACAUCAAAGCGCUGGAACUGAGUGAAAACAUUUACAAAAUCAUACAGAAAGGAGUUUUGCUGGCAACUGCCCGCAUAGUAAGAAAAUUUAUGGGAAAUGCAAGUACCUAG